UCAGAUAAUAACCCUGCCCUGGAGGAGGAUACACUCUAGCUGCCAAUAUAAAUUGUUGUAGCAGCAGGUUGAAAUUUUGAUUCUGAAGAUUCUGAGGUGACUGAAGUUUCCUUGCUGUGCUGCAUCUUGUCAUCAGUCAUUUGAUCCUUCAUUUCAAGAGUUUUAGUGACCAUCUGCUGAUCCUGCAAAACCUCUGAAACAAUGACAAACAAUGACUUUAAGGUCUUCAAUGAUCCCAUUCAUGGCACUAUCGAGCUGGACCCAAUCCUUGUCAAAAUCAUCGACACUCCUCAGUUUCAGCGACUUCGAAACCUCAAGCAGCUUGGUGGAACAUAUUAUGUUUAUCCUGGAGCGUCCCACAACCGCUUUGAGCACAGCAUUGGGGUGGCGCACUUGGCUGGAGAACUUCUUCAGACUCUCAAAGGGAAGCAGCCAGGUCUAGGAAUUGAUGAGAGAGACAUCCUUUGUGUGCAGAUUGCUGGACUUUGCCAUGACCUGGGACAUGGACCGUUUUCCCACAUGUUUGAAAUGUUUAUCCACAAAGGUAAUCCUGAAUGGAGGCAUGAGAAAGCAUCUCAAGACAUGUUUGACCAUCUGGUGGAAAAAAAUAACUUGAUUAGAGACAUGAAGAAGCACGGCCUGGUGCCGAAAGAGGACCUGCUCUUUAUAAGGGAGCUGAUUGAUCCUCCAAAGGUUGAAAAGAUUGCUGAGUGGCCACACUAUGGCCGUCCUAAAAAGAAGGCCUUCCUCUACGAAGUUGUGUCCAACACUAGGAACAAGAUUGAUGUGGAUAAGUGGGAAUAUUUUGCUAGGGACUGCCAUCAAUUGGGUAUGCAGAACAACUUUGACUGCCAUCGCUUGAUUAAAUUUGCCAGAGUGUGUAAAGUGGGUGAAAUGACGCAGAUCUGUUACAGAGACAAGGAGGUGUUCAAUCUGUACAACAUGUUCUACACAAGGUUCUCUUUGCACAAAAGAGCCUAUCAGCACAAAGUGUCCAACAGCAUAGAGUGGAUGAUCAGAGAUGCUUUUCUGAAAGCAGAUGAGCACAUCCAGAUUGAAGGCAGUGAUGGGGAAAUGUUCACUCUCUCCACAGCUAUUGAUGACAUGGUGGCAUAUACUAAGCUGACAGAUGCUAUAUUUGAUCGUAUAUUGAACUCCCCCGAUGAGGAGCUUCAGGAGGCACGGGAGAUACUGGAAAGGAUAAUGCAAAGAAAGCUCUACGUGUGUCUGGGGGAAUUUUCAUCAGAAGAGAAUCUGGGCAAUAUGAAGAAUUUGUGGAACAUGCAUGUCGGCGAGCGAAACCCAGAGGAUUAUGUAGUGGAAUCAGUCAAGUAUAACUAUGGAAUGGGGGAUGAAGACCCCAUAAAACAUGUGAGGUUCUACACCAAGCAAAACCCAAAAAAAGCCAACCAUAUCAACAAAGAUGAGGUAUCUCUACUUCUUCCAGAGCGGUUUGAAGAGGAGAAGUUUAGAAUCUACACUAAGAGAACAAAUGAUGAAGAUCUGAAGGCUGACAAAAAUCUCUUUGACACAUUUGGCCCCGCACAAACCAGCUCAAGCCGGAGGAAGUAACCAUGGCACCGGUUCUGAAGCCUCUGAUCCCAGGUUGGAAUAACCACAGAACAUGAAAGAAAUAAAUGUUAUUCUUGUCAAUAAGUAUAACCAGGCAUGAAUUUAAAUGGGUUUGUAAAAGUGCAGACAAACUGCUUUUGCAUUUAAAGAGGCUUGAAAGUUAAUCUUAUAUGGGCUUUUUUUUUUUUUAAAGGUGAAGGUUUUGAUUAACAGAUAAUAUUUACAUAUCAAGAAAUACAAUAAAAAAGAUCAAUUUGAAACUUUAUUCAAAUAUUUGAUUUGUCAUUUGUGAUUAUUUUGUUCUUUUUUGGUGUUUGGUAUAUGGGUAUUUGAUUUAUUAGUUUUAUUCAUACUUACUCAAUUAGUUUUGGUAAAUUACGUUUGUUGUCAUCACCUUCCAGGUCUGUUGACAUUACAAAUAUGUCUUUGGGUAUCAUUUAAAUAAAAUAUUAUUCUUGACUAAAUGUGCAGUAAUGCCAUUCAAUCUGGACUUGAAUGUGUAAAAUUUUCUCAGGAGUUGUGAGAAUGUAAUCAUUUUGACAAACUUGUUUUAAAAUAAAUUGUGAGAUGUCA